GGCCGAUGUAUGUUCCCGCGGAAAACGAAAACAUAACAUACAUUUUUAGGCUUAUGAACGAAGAUGUGUUGUUUUGUUGUUGUAACAGCUUUAAGAGACUAAGUGGAUUUGAGUAAUACGCCUUUAAGUAUUUUAAAUAUCGCUAUCAGUUCACACCAGUUUAUAGUAUUUUAAGUUUUGUUAGUGUGGCUUGUAGUCUUACUAAAUAUUUUUUAAUUUAUGAGUAUCGUUUAUGAUACGGAUGGAGCCUGACAGUUCACACAUACAUCGGAGAGUAGAUAGCACCCCGCCUCAGUGGAAAAUACGAGGGUGGAAAAUAGAAUUUAUCAGACGAAAGUCAUCGGAUAAAUUUGAUAUUUUAAUAACCACCCCGCCGCCUCGCUGCCAGAAGAUACGCUCCGUGCGGGCGCUGACCAGGUUCCUCACCGACCACGGCGUCGCGUGGCCGAGGGCCGAGGAUCUGGGGUCUCUCACGCCGAGCAAGAGGUCUCUGUGUGCUGGCCUCGAAGCAUCGCCUCAGCCUGCAGCUGUGGGACCAGGCCGCGUCUCGGUCGCUUGCCUGGACGGCCCGGGACCGCCGUCUCCCGGGACUCCACCAGGCUUCGUGACGGCCCCGAGCGGAGGACCACCAGCGGGGGGUGCGGAGGUGCAGACAGGAGGUGCCUGCACCGCCGGUGGGUACCUUGAAGAUGCCCCUGCCCGGCCGCCUCGCAGGAGCGCCUCUCCCAGCGUCGCAGCGACCACGUGUACAGACGACGGUCUGCCUUCACCGCCUCGGAGGCGGCGCGGGGCAGGCAGGAAGGGCGGGCCGUGCGUGAGCCCGUACUUCAGGCGGGCGGGGGCGGGGGGCGGCGCCCCGGGGAGGGGCCGAUGGCAGCCGCCGCGGUCUCCCUUCGGCCUGGUGCAGGAGGAGCUGUACCACGACCCCUUCCAGCUGCUGGUGGCCACCAUGCUGCUCAACAAGACCCGAGGGGAGGCGGCGGUGCCCGUGAUCUGGCGGCUGCUGGCCCGCUGGCCCACGGCGGAGUCCCUGCUGGGGGCCUCGGAGCAGGACCUGGCCGCCGUGAUCCGCCCCCUCGGCCUGCACCGCCGGCGCGCCCACAACAUCCGCAGGUUCGCAGAGGAGUUCCUGCGGGAGGGCUGGAGCUACCCGGACGAGCUGUACGGCAUCAGCAAGUACGGCUGCGACUCGUACCGGAUCUUCUGCGUGGAGGAGUGGCGCGACGUGCGGCCCACGGACCACAUGCUGCGCCAGUACGUCGCGUGGCUGGAGGGCAGGCCUCCGUCCGCCUGAUGCCCGCUGCUCUGUGUAUAGUGGUAGAUAGUGUGUGUGUGAGAUAACAGUGAACGUGAAAUAUUAUUUUAUUUUGAAUGAAAAAAUAUGCACAUAGCUAAAAUAAGCAAAAUAAUUUUGUUGGUGUCCAUAGGGUUUGGUACAUGUUUCAUUGCUAAUGAGGUCGAAGUCAUUAAAAUGAAAAGGUAAAACUUAAUGAUUAAUGCAUUAUCAUCACGGGAUUGUAGCUGGAAUGGCAGAAUUGUGGUUUAAAUGAAAUGGUGAUACCCUAUUAACGAAAAUUUUAAUUGCACCAAAAUAUUUAUGUUGCCUAAAAUUUUAUUAGAUAUUGAGAAUAAUUAUUCAUACUUACGAAGCAGGUAAACUAUUUAACUGGAUACUCGUUGAGAAGGUGAAAAAUGUUAGUCUAAAUUUCAAGGUGUUACGUGUGAAAUAUUUUUUUUGGCUCGCACUCUGUGUUUUAAUUCAAUUACAAUACUCAUAUGUUUCAAAAUAAUUUUAUUGCAAAUAUUAAUCUGUAUAAUAAGAGUGGAGAAUUUUUUUUCUCCCAUUUUUAUUUAAGUUUUAGUCUUAUGUUAAUGGUUAUAAAUACUUAAGUAAGCUUUAAAUUUUAUAGAUACAGUAAAACCUCCAUUAACGAAUAUUCUAUUUAACGAAAAACCCCAUACAACGAAAUAAAAUUUUGGUCCCGCCGAACCGCCAUAAGAUCAAUGCUGUUUUAACCUCUAAAUACCGAAUUUUAUUUGUUCCGAAAUAGUGAAAUUCCCUUUACAACGAACUGCCGCUAUUGAAAAAACACGCAAAAAUAAACAUCUCCUACAAGACAUCCACUAAUUUUUUUGCAUUCACUGCUUAAAAAUACGUGCGUAUAACCUUAAAAUAAUAAGCAACAUCGCGGAAGGCAAUAAAUAAACAAAGCAUCAUGGAUAACACACGUCGUGUAUACAUGCCACACUUUGUUCAAAAUGGCGGGUACAUUUAGCGCUAGUGGCGGAAACCUCUCGUACCAUCGCUCUGGCAAGACGAACAACUAGUGUAUUUUGCGUUUCUAUGGUUAAAGAUGCACACACGCAAAUAUUUUUAACUAUGGUGUAGUACAAUUUCCGUUUUUUCAGUUUACACUGUUGUUUAUUUAUUUCCACACGUAGUUACGGAAAACAACACGUUACUACUGUAAAAUUAAUUCUAAUCCUAAAAAGCGGCGACAGAUUAACGUUAAAAUAAAAUUAGAAAUUUUAAAUGCAGUUGAUGAAAGUGGAAAAAAAAGUGAUAUAGCUAAACGUUUCGACAUCCCGGCGUCUACACUUUCGACCAUAUUAUCCAACCGGGAACAGAUCGAAAACAACGCUUCUCUGGUAGGGACAAAUCGAAAACGUGUGAAAGUAUGUAAAAAUGAUGAUUUGGACAAGAUACUUUUUGACUUGUUAAUGGAGGCUAGGGCAUCAAACAUCAACAAAGGCAUGCCAGGAAGCACUGGGGAUGGGAAUUGAUAAUUUCUAAGCAAUGGUUGGCCAUUAAACAAGUGUAUUCUAUGUACUUUUUCAUGUUUAAUUCCUCAUAUCGUAUUAAACAGUCAGAAAGACAGUUCUAGCCAUUUAUGUGAAGCUUUAUGGUGACUAGAAAUAUAUCGUGCGAAACCUCCAUUUAACAAACCCCUUUACAACAAACACUACAAAUUUUGGUCCCUUGAGAUUUGUUAAAUAGAGGUUUCACUGUAUUAUGUUUUGCAGUAGUUGCAAACUGCAUUUGUUUUAAAAAUAAUAUAAAAAUUGUGGAUUACAUGUUGCCUCCUAGUGUGAACAAUUCUGCUGUUCACUGUUCACUGAGUGCUUGUUGUUAUUGAGACUUGUACUGUCCACAGGGGCUCAACCCGGACUGUGAUGUUACAUGAGGCCACACGAAAUAGCUUCACAUUUCCAACACUAACAUAUAUUCACAAUUUGAAAUAAUUGGAAGCCUUUUAAAAUGAAUAUGAAAAACAAAUUUUGAAUUAAAAUUUUAUUUAAAUUUAUGUACAACGGCAUAAUUGUAGAUUUAGGUAACAGUUGUAAUUUUUUUUUUUAAUAGCUUUCAGAAAUUUUAUUUUUUGUAAUAUGAUUUUUUUUUUAUUAAUUUUUAGGUUUUAUUAUCGGAAACAAUUUAAUUCAUUACCGAGAAAUUUUUCUGUGAAAAACAAUUCAAUUCCAAAGAUUGAAAAAAGGAAAUGAGUAAACCUUGUAACUAACUGAACUAACAUUCAGUUUUAAAAUUUUUGUUUGGUUUCGGAAUGUAAUAAAGUCCAUGUAAUUAUUUUUUCACUGUAGGAGUCUUAGUUUAUAUUUAUAUUCAAAAUGAAAAUUAAAAUAUACAAGGCAGUAAGUUUGGAGUUGUUCUUUUCCCCCUCACGUGUAAAAUGUGUCCAAGAAUUACAACAUUUGCUAAUUAGAAUGACAAAUAAGUUCUUUCUAGAAUGUUUUUCGUUAUGCCCGCCAUUUUGGAUUAUGUCACCAUUACAAUUUUUGUCAUGGCAGUCAUGUUAACAAUACGUAAUUAUUAUCCAAUU